UCUCAACAUAACAGCCUCGGCCUCUACUUGCUCUCUCUCACUAAGUCUUGCGAUGACAUAUUUGAGCCGAAGCUGGAAGAGCUCAUUAAUCAGUUGAAGGAAGAUGGAAUACUUGGGAGCCUUGAUUCAGGAGUUGUGCAAGAUGAUCAGAUUAUGUUGGAUCCGAACAGCAACUUGGGAAUGUUUGUUGGCGGUUGCAUUUUGGCAUUUCACUUUCUAUUGUUCGAGCUUAAGAUCCUAUACAUGAUCAUGUUUGUCGUG